AUGGAUGGUGGAGAGGUGAAGACGGACGGAGAUGCUGACGGUGAAGAGGAAGGACAGCAGGCGGCGAUGCUGACGGUGAAGGAGAGAUCUCCAUCACCAGUGAAGGGUUUCGUUCGACCCAUGCAUUCUCACCGUUUCAGAUCUCCAUCUUCAUCGUUGUCUCGCCAGUGCAUUGUCGGCGUUGAAGAUUUGUCAUUCUCACCCUUGAUUCACACAUUUGAUUCUCACCUUGAUAUGUUUUUCCUAUCUUCUUUUGAUUUGGUUACCAAUUCGACUUGCAUAAUGGCAUACAUUGAAGAAUCUGAGGUUCAAUUCGAUAUUAUGGUGGAUUGUACUAAUCAUUUUACAGCUAAACAUGUUUUCGACAACAAAGAUGAAUUACUCACUUGGGUACGUAAUAUUGAAAGGAUAAAUGGCUUUGUUAUUAUUAUAAGGACGUCGGACUAUGGUGGCGGUUAUAAGAGACCAAGAAUUUAUCUUGCUUGUGAGUGGAAUGGGAAGUAUAGAUUGCGUAAAAAGUUGAAAGAUGGCUCAAAAGACUUAUUAAGACGGGCAUUCAAGUUGAAAAGAAACGAUGAAUCGACAUUGAAUGUAGUUUGCGGGCUACAUAAUCAUUCAACUGCGGAGCAUCUCCAAGGACAUUCAUAUGCAGGGAGAUUGUCAGCUAAUGAAAAGUUGCUAUUAGUAGAUAUGUCAAAGAGCCUAGUAAGACCAAAAGAGAUACUCAUUACACUCAAACAGAGGGAUGCCCUUAAUAUGAGCACAAUGAAGACAGUUUACAAUGUACGACAUCAAUGUAGGGUUCUACAGAAAGCUGGUAGAUCCCAGAUGCAACAACUACUGGAUGAAUUAGCAAAACAUAAGUACGUUAAGCGUCAUCCAUGUGAGGAAGGCUCUAUGAUUGUCACAGACUUGUUUUGGGCACAUCCAGUGAGUUUGGAUUUGCUUCGUACAUUCCCUCGUGUGUUGAUUAUGGAUUGCACAUAUAAGACGAAUAGAUAUCAACUUCUUUUUCUUGAAAUUAUGAGAGUGACAUCAACUCAUAUGACAUUCUCCGUGGCUAUCACAUACUUGCAAAUUGAGCGGGUUGAUAAUUAUGUAUGGGCGUUACAAACAUUGCUUGAUCUUAUGGACAACAGUGUUUUACCUGAAGUCAUUGUCACAGACAGAGAGCUUGCUUUGAUGAAUGCCAUUGGCAACACCUUUCUGAAUGCUUGGCAUUUGUUAUGUUAUUGGCAUAUUAAUAAGAAUUGUCUCACUUUCUUACCUUUGAGAUCACCGCCAGUAACCCUAGUUGAUCGUCGCGAGAUUGCCAUUGGAUUUGUUAAUGGAAAUCAUUUUGUGCAGGUAUUUUUGGAGCCCGGUCAUCCAGUUCCUCCCAUUGCCGUGCUUUGGCGAGUUCACCAUUACCCUUGUGCAUCAGAAUAG